GCAUUCAAAAUAACCGUAAAUAUUCCACCCCUUCCCCAAACCCCAACCAUCCCGCUGGCGUGCGCUCUUUACGACCCCCACGAUGUCUCGGCAGUCGGGUCGCACGCCGCUGCCGGGGCUUGGUGGGGGCCACAUCAUACACAUCCACAUCCGCACCCCCACCCCACCUCGACGACUGGCGCCUCGGCGGUCGCGUUGCACCACCAGCAACAGCAGCAGCAGCAGCAGCAACAACAACAGCUUCAGCAACAGCAAUUACAACAGUCCGCGCAGCAUCUGCAGCAACUGCAUCACCAUCCGCACCACCACCACCACCUGCCUCAGACCCAGCCUCUGCAUCAUCACCUGCAGCACACGGUCGUGUCGUCCGCCUCGGUUGGAUUGUCCACGCCAACCUCUGUACUCCAGCAGCAGCAGCAGACGACACCUACAACACAUUCCACACCCACGCAUGCAGUUAUGUAUGAGGAUCCCCCACCCGUGCCAAUUGUGCCCGUGCAGCAGCAGCAACAGCCGCCUCUUCAGCAUCUGCCCCCGCCACAGCAGCAACAGCAACAACAACAGAUUACAACCACACCCGUUGGCAGUGCCCUUAGUCCCGCCCAGACGCCGACUGGCCCCACCGCACAGCAAACCCAGCAUCUCACAUCACCUCAUCAUCAGCAACAACAACAACAACAACAACAACAGCAACAGCAACAGCAGCAGCAGCAGCAACAACAGACGCCUAAUAGCGUCUCUAGUGGCGCCUCCUCAAGUCUCCAACAGCAACAGCAACAACAACAACAACAAAACUCGGUGGUGGCGUCAGCCCAAAGUCAAAUUGUUGCGCCAACAACGGCGAGUGUUUCUCCCUCCAGUGUCAGUUCUCAGCAAGCAGACAUGUCCAUCUCAUUAGCGCCAAUACAUAUACCCGCGAUCAGGCCCGGCUUCGAAACGGACUCUGGGACGCCCGUUAAACGGCACGCGCAUCCCUGGCCCUACGACAACGAGUUCAACCAGUAUCAUGCCUCGCCAUACUAUCUCGAUCGGGAUCGCAAGCCCAUGUUUUACGGUUACCCAGAGACCCAGUUUCAGCCUGCAUAUUGGCCCAACUACCGUGAUCAGCCGACCUCCGCAGCAGCGGCGGCCUACAUGAGCGCCACUGACGAGCGCCAUGCAUCAGUCAGCGCGGCAGCAGCGGCGCGCCAGUCCGUGGAAGGCACCUCUCAGUCCAGCUACGAGACACCCACCUACUCCUCCCCAGGUGGGCUUCGCGCCUUCCCCGAGGCCUACUCGAGCACAGGGACGUCUGGUGGUCUUUCGGUUGGUGCAGUGGGUCCUUGUACGCCGACAAAUGCGAUGCACGAGUGGACCGGCCAGGUGUCGGUGCGAAAAAAGCGCAAGCCGUACUCAAAGUUCCAGACACUGGAGCUAGAGAAGGAGUUUCUCUUCAAUGCGUACGUGUCCAAACAGAAACGCUGGGAGUUAGCUCGCAAUCUGCAGUUGACAGAGCGUCAGGUUAAGAUUUGGUUUCAAAACCGUCGCAUGAAGAACAAGAAGAACUCGCAGCGACAGGCCACACAGCAGAAUAAUAACAACAACUCCAGCAGCAAUCACAACCAUGCCCAGGCGGCACAGCAGCACCACAACAACCAUCACUUAAACUUGGGCCUGAGCAUGGGUCACCAUGCCACAAAAAUGCACCAGUGACCUUUGGACAACAGCAACGCUGGCGCUAUGGGCUUUGCCACCUACUAGCAUUUAGCCAAUCCCAAUCCGAAUCCCCAUCCACAGCCGGACCACAAUCUUAAUACAAAUACAAACAUCAAUCCAAUUAAAAAUGAGAUGAUAUUGGAUUUUCCGUGUUAAUUGAACGAUGAGUCCAAGCAGUACAUAUAUACACACACAUGUAUACAUGUGUAUCCCCAACAAACCAUGGGGUUGUACUGACUGAUCCGAAAAUGUUCUUGAAGGCGAAGAAGGUGGUGGAGGAGGUUGAAGUGGAUGAAGAGGAGGCAGGCUGCCCAGUUCAAGAGUUGGUGUCGCUGUUUUCAAAGUUAAAAUCUUUGGCAGACCAGGCCAAGGGGAGUUGAAAAUGUAUGUUUAAUGAAUUACAAUUAAUUAAUAAGUCCGUUCUUCAAAUAUCUAUAAACAAGCAAAACAAAUGUAAAUUACCCCGUCUAUUGAAGCUGGGUGCGGUAGUUGAAUGCGAUAGACAGUUAGAUGCAUAAAGCAUAUAGUAAACAAAAUCGGAAAUAUAUAUAUUUGUUUAUGUAUUUCUCUUAACUCUCUCAUUAAUGAACGCGCAUAAUUAUUAAUUUUCAACAAUAAAUAUUAUAUGCAUAUAUACUAUCCAUAUUAAUUAUGAAUACAGCAACAAUUCGAGUAGUAGAUUCUAAAUGUAAGUGCAGGUUAAAUUGAAGAACAAGCACAUUGUAACCCCAGAAAAAUGUUCUUAAUGUGGAACUAAUGAAUUGUUUAACAAUUUUCACAGACAAACUAGUAGCCACAAAGCAUGUACACAAACACACUCACACACACAUGCAGAAAAACAGAAAUAUACAUUUGCAUAGAAACACACACACACACACACAUACUCACCCAAACACAAACACACCGCAAUGCAGUUAGACAGCGCCGGAAUUAUAGCAUAAAUUUUGUCAUUAUAUUGUUCGUUGUGUCGUGUUCUUAGAUAAAUAUUAAGUUCCUGUAUAUAAACUAAGACAUUGAAUCACAAAAUGAAAGCACGCGCAAAGUUAGUGAAACCGUCUGUGUUUUGUGAGUUAAAUGAAAACUAAAUAAAAAAUUAAAUGAAAAAAAAAAAACAUAAAAAAAAAACAAGUAAAAAUCUAUAAACAUAUGAAACUAGCAAUUUAAAAUACUGAUGUCUAAUUCAUUUUAUUACGAGUAUAAAUUGUAAAUCAAAAGUUUUUUGAUGUGUGUGCAAAUUUACUUCGUAGUUAUUGGCGCUUUUGAUCUGAACAAACAAAAUAGUGCACGUAAAGCUAAAGUUAAAACUAAACCUUAAACCCUAAUAUAAACCUAAACAAAAAGAAAGAAAAACUAAAGAAGAAAUACAUUUUAAUAAUACUUGUAAGAAAUAUAAGUGGCAUCAAAA